GCAUUUCUGCGGGACUGUAAUGCUGAAGGGACGUGUAGUUUUUGUGGACUACAGACGCGAUGGCGGAGGCGCUGAUGCCCGCAGCGGAGCUCUCGAAGCCCGGCGCUGGUUCUGCGGCUGCUGCUGAAGCCAUGGAGAAGUCUGGCUGUGCCGCGGCUCCUGCACUGAAUCUGGGGGAUCUGGACCUCACCACAGACGAGUUCAUCCUGGACGAGGUGGACAUUCACAUUCAAGCGAACCUGGAGGAUGAUCUGGUGAAGGAGGCGCUCAGGACGGGUGUGGAUCUGCGGCAGUACUCUAAACAGGUGGAGACGGAGCUGCAGCGCAUCGAACAAGCAUCAAUCAAGGACUAUAUCAAAGAGAGUCAGAAUAUUGCCUCUCUACACAACCAGAUCACAGCCUGCGACUCCAUACUGGAGCGCAUGGAGGGCAUGCUGAGCAGCUUCCAGAGCGACCUGUCGUCCAUCAGCAGCGAGAUCCAGACGCUGCAGCAGCAGUCGGUCAGCAUGAACCUGAGGCUGAAGAACCGGCAGGCCGUGCGCAGUCAGCUCAGCCAGCUGGUGGACGAGCUGGUCGUCCCCAGCACCAUGAUCUCUGUGAUUCUGGACAGUCCUGUGACGGAGCAGGAGUUUCUGGAGCAGCUUCACGAGCUCAACAGCAAGAUCAACUACGCUAAAGAGCUCAGCUUCAGAGAAACCCUCGCCUGCUCCGACAUACAGGACAUCGUAGAUCGCCUCAAAAUCAAAGCCGUCUCAAAGAUCCGUGAGUUCAUCCUGCAGAAGAUCUACUCCUUCAGAAAGCCCAUGACCAACUACCAGAUCCCUCAGAACACACUACUCAAGUACAGGUUUUUCUAUCAGUUCCUGUUAGCCAAUGAGAGGACAGUCGCUAAGGAGAUCCGGGACGAGUACGUGGACACCAUGAGCAAGAUCUACUUCAGUUACUUCAAGUCCUACAGCAGCAGACUGCUGAAAGUCCAGUAUGAAGAUGUUGCAGACAAGGAUGAUCUGAUGGGGGUGGAGGACACAGCCAAGAAAGGUUUUUUCUCCAAGCCUUCUCUCAAGAGUAGGAACACAAUUUUCACUCUUGGCCAGAGGGGGGCGGUACUGAGUCCUGCGGAGCUGGAGGGGCCCAUACUGAUCCCACACACCGCCCAGAGAGGAGACUCCAGAUACCCGUACGAAACGCUCUUCCGCAGUCAGCACUACGCUCUGCUGGAUAACGGCUGUCGAGAGUUCCUCUUCCUCUCGGACUUCUUCAUGGUGGCUGGAAACUCUGCUCUGGAUUUGUUCAACAGCAUUAUGGGAAAAACACUCAGCAUGUUCCUGAAGAAUCUGUCCACAUACCUGUCAGACUGUUAUGACAGUAUUGCGGUGUUUCUCUGCAUUCACAUCAUUCUGCGCUUCAGAGCCAUCACAGUCAAGAGGAACAUCCCCGCACUCGACAAGCUGGGUGCUGUGCUGGAGCUGCUGUGGCCCAGAUUUGAGCUGAUUUUGGAGAUGAACAUCCAGAGCAUUCGAAACACUGAUCCUCAGAAACUGGGUGUGCUGGACACCAGACCACACUAUAUCACACGCCGCUAUGCUGAAUUCUCCUCUGCUGUCGUCAGUAUAAACCAAACCUUCCCCAAUGAGAGGACCAACGCUCUUCUGGGACAGUUGCAGGUGGAGGUGGAGAACUUCGUGCUGAAGAUGGCGGCUGAGUUUCCCUCUAGACGAGACCAGCUCAUCUUCCUCAUCAACAACUACGACAUGAUGCUCGGUGUGCUCAUGGAGAGAGCAGCGGACGACAGUAAAGAGGUGGAGGGCUUCCAGCAGCUGCUGCUGGCCAGAACACAGGAGUUCAUAGAGGAGAUUCUUUCUCCUCCGUUCGGAGGGAUGAUUGCAUUCGUGAAGGAGAGCGAGGCACUAAUGGAGAAAGGGCAACUUGACAAACUCAGAAACGAUGAAGCUCGUAUCACGCAGCUGGUGCGGGGUUUCUCCAGCUCAUGGAAGCAGUCCGUGGAGGCCUUGAGUCAAGACGUCAUGCGCUCCUUCACCAACUUCAAGAACGGAACCAGCAUCAUUCAGGGAGCGCUGACCCAGCUCAUCCAGUACUAUCAUGGUUUCCACAAGGUCCUCUCCCAGCCGACCUUCCGCAGUCUGGCAGUGCGCUCUGAGCUCAUAAACCUCCAUCAUCUGAUGGUGGAAGUCAAGAAGCACAAGCCAAACUUCUGAAGUCACACUUGAAUCAUCAGCUUUUGUCUUUGGGAGAAGUUGAGAAUCACUGCACACAUUCAGAAAACAACAGACAUUUUCCUGAUUAGCAAAACUAGGCACGAAAUGAAGAAAAUCUGUACUAGGUUGUGAGUAACAUUAGUCUUGUUUUUUUACUUAUGGAUAACAGUGCAAGUGAUCUUACAAUCUUAAACUGUUUUUGCUUAUCAGGUAAAAGUAACUUAAUGUUUUUUUUUUCCUGGAAAACAAGACAUUAAAAGUAUGAUAUUUUGCAGCGAAGGAUGAUUUUCAGUUGACGUAAAGGCGUGUUGAGUAUUUUGAGCACUAAUCUUUUUAUUUGGUCAGUCUUUUGUUUUUGGUUUGCUGAUUAUGGGCUCUUUUUUCAUUAGAUGCAUUUGUAAUUUCAUCUUUAAUAUGGUUUGAUUUCUUUGAAUGUUUCAUCUGUAAAUUCAUUUGCAGCUUCUCUUAAUGUCUUUUGUGUAUAAACUGGCAUCUUUUGGUUUUUCACACACGUCUCUGAAAGUAUGUGUGCACUGUUGCCGUAUUUAAGAUAUAACGAAGAAAAGCAUUCCACGUCUCGAAAUAAAAGAUAUUAGAUGGAAAGUC